AUGCCCUCUCGCCGAGAACCACCCCCCCUCUCAGUUCGCUUGCCGGCGGGCAAUGCGCAACCCGAGCUCCCUCCCAUAUCCGCCCUCUUUCUCAUCGACUUUGAUGUCAAAGCUGGCUAUACCAUUGUUUGGAAACAAUCCGCUCCUGGAAUCGAACUCGAGGGCCUCGUCGAGUAUAAGAGCUUGCCAUCCGGUCUGCACACUGUCCCCGAUGACUUGAUAUACUUCGUGCACGAGGGAGAGCAUGCGGGUCUCAGCGCUUUCAUCAACACUCCAUGUGACGAGGAGGAGGCGCGACAUGCGCGCAUGAUUGCUGUCGGCGUCUUGGUGCCCCUCAGUUACGGCCGCCUGGGUCGCGCCUGGAGGCAUGCGGAAGGAUUAAAGGACAUCGCGUCAAAAUUGUCCCAAGAUCGCAAAAAUACUAGUCUUCUUGAUGACUAUUGGGAGAACAACAAAGCCAAAGAAGGGGCCGAACAAGAACGACCACCGAUGGAGUCUCCUUCUAUCAGUUUCAGCUCUCAAGCCGCACAACCGAAAAAGUCGAACCAUAACCGCAAUCGCUCUGCAUCAGAUGGAGCCUCCCUGCUGCCAACCGGGCAUCGACUUUCACCAUACCACCCAGCAUGGAGCCUGACGACGUUGCUGGACACAUUCGGGCCACUCAUAUUCCCUAUUCACAGGGCAGCUCUGCUGAGGAGGCGCAUAUUAAUAUCGUGCCAUGCGCCGGUACGAGAGAUUUGCAACUUUGUGGCCGAUUUAUUGGCUCCGACAUCGUCCUCUCAACGUCUGAGGCCGCUCUUCACAAUUGGAGUCCACGAUAUCCCCUUUUUGAUGGAAGACUUUGAGGCUUCAAAGCGCCGAAAAGUCGACAGCAAUGAUGACCUGGCUGACGAGGCUGGCUCUGGUUGGGUUGCUUGCACGACUGACAGUAUCCUGGCCAUGAAGGAUACUCUGUGGGACAUGCUCAUCACCAUGCCGCCACCGUAUGCUCCCAACGCCAAGGAAAAGGCCUGGCCAACUGUGGAAUGUCCCCGCGGUACGCCUGUCAAGGCAACACAGCGCGAUCUGAGGCGGUUCCGUGCCCUGAAGGCCGGCUUGGCUAGGUUGUCACCAACGACACCGAAGCCGAUGACGGCUGAAAGUCCACGUUCGGAGACCUCAACGAGUUUUAAGCUGACUACUGGCGCCUUCCCGGCUUCGAGUGUCGAAGGCGACGAGGCUCUGGACAAAAUUAUCGAGCCAUCAAGUUGGACAGCCUUGGCGUAUAGUGGGUUUAUGUGGUGGGCGAGCGCCGGUGAACAAGCACGGAGUGAGGAACAAGAGGAGGCGGCCCACGAUGCAGCGCUGCUGGCGGACCUGGGUCUGACGCCCCACACUCCGAGCAUGUCAAAACCCAAUGCGAGACCCCGGUCAUCGGCAUCCGGUGGCAUGGCUGACUCGACUGGAUCCAUUGUCUCCCGGCCGGCCGCUGGAUCUGAGACCGAUGAAGCAACGACGGAGCUCGCCGUGAUUGCGUACUUUCACCGUUUGACAGCACAAAUGCUGACGGUCAUGGCUGAUGUGGUGGAGAGUUCGGACGAUCGCUAUGAAGACGAGGACGACGAGGACGAUGCCGAUGAUGUUCCUCUGAGGACCAACAGCGAGUCGGAUCGAAGCUCGGUACGAGUUGGCAGCGAUACGCUCGAGAGUAUGGGACUCGACGUGUGGAACGCGCACGAUGCCGAGUUUGUCAAGGAACUCAUGAGCAAGUACUAUGACCGAAGGCCCUACAUUGAGGGCAAAGGUGUCGAGGUUUGCGGUGUCCGGGUUUGCUAA